CCCACACCGACAACGCCGUCGUACUCUCGUCUCCUACUUCAGAGUCCCAGAUCUCUCUCUUUCACACCUACACACAUUCAUUUGUAUCAAUCUAUCUAUCUAUAUAUCUAUAAUUACAUAUCCACCAGGUAUCCAAUUGGAUGCGGGGGAUCUUAGCCAAUACCAUUUUCUGGAAGAGCAUUAUUGAUCGGAUUCGUGUUUUCUGAGCAAUACGGUGAUUAAAGGUUCCUGCUGCGGUGAUCGUUUAUGGCGGUGGCGGUCCGCGGUCGGGUCGGAUCGGGUGGCGGAUCCGUAUUCCGGAGCUUCUUCAGCUACCGGAUCUUUGUAUCAGCCAUGUUCACGCUCUUAUUCCUUGCUACUCUAUCUGUCCUGCUCUCGUCUCACCCCUCCCACUAUAAAUCCAUUAUGAACCAUACAGGAAGUGCCCAUGUAACUCCAAGUUUUCUAACAUUGCACUCGGAUCCUCUGAAGACUAGGUUAAAUUUGAUGCAUAACCAGGCAAAUAACCAUAUUGCCUUAGUUAAUGCAUAUGGGGCGUACGCAAGGAAGCUCAAACUUGACAUAUCUAAGCAGCUUAAGAUGUUUGAUGAUUUGGCUAAGAAUUUUCUGGAUCUUCAACUGAAGCAGACAUAUCGGACUGCAUUGUUUGAAUCCGAUGGGCCGGUUGACGAAGAUAUUUUGAGGCAGUUUGAGAAGGAGGUGAAGGAUAAAGUCAAAAUUGCCCGGCUAAUGAUUGUAGACUCAAAGGAGUCGUAUGACAAUCAGUUAAAGAUCCAGAAAUUGAAAGACACAAUCUUUGCUGUUAAUGAGCUGCUUCUGAAGGCAAAGAAGAAUGGGGCCUUUGCCAGCCUAAUUGCUGCAAAAUCAACUCCAAAGAGCUUGCAUUGUCUUGCAAUGCGUCUCAUGGAAGAGAGAAUCGCACAUCCCAAGAAAUAUGAAGAUGAUGAGCCCAAGCCCGAGUUUGAAGACCCGACUUUGUACCAUUAUGCUUUGUUUUCAGACAAUGUGAUAGCAAUAUCUGUUGUGGUUAAUUCUGUUGUGAAGAAUGCGGACGAGCCAUGGAAACAUGUUUUCCAUAUCGUUACAGACAGGAUGAACUUUGCUGCCACUAAGGUUUGGUUCAAAAUGAGGCCAGUACAAGGUGGUGCCCAUAUUGAGAUCAAUGCAGUUGAUAAUUUCAAGUUCUUAACUUCCUCUUAUGCACCUGUCCUCAGACAAAUUGGAUCUGCAAAUUUGCAGAAAUUUUACUUUGAGACAAGGGCGGAGAACACCACUAAAGAUGUAAACAACAUGAAAUUUAGAAACCCCAAGUAUUUAUCGAUGCUCAACCACCUUCGAUUCUAUCUACCUGAACUGUAUCCAAAGCUCCACAAGAUUCUAUUUCUGGAUGAUGAUGUUGUGGUUCAGAAAGAUUUGACCGCCUUGUGGAAAAUUGAUAUGGAUGGGAAGGUUAAUGGUGCUGUUAAUACCUGCUUUGGCUCAUUCCACCGCUAUUCAGAAUAUUUGAACUUUUCUCAUCCUCUCAUCAAGGAGAAGUUCAACUCAAGGUCCUGUGCAUGGGCUUUUGGCAUGAACAUAUUUGAUCUUGAUGCUUGGCGGCGGGAAAGAUGCACCGAGCAAUAUCAUUAUUGGCAGAAUCUUAAUGAGGAGCGCACGUUGUGGAAACUUGGUACUUUACCUACUGGGCUCGUUACAUUUUACUCUACAACUAAGUCACUGGACAAGUCAUGGCAUGUGCUUGGGCUGGGCCUCAAUCCCAGCAUUAGUUUGGAGGAAAUUGAUAAGGCUGCUGUUAUCCAUUUCAGUGGGGACAUGAAACCUUGGCUGGAUAUUGCAAUGAACCGUUACAAGCAUCUCUGGACGAAAUACGUCGAUAAUGAAAUGGAAUUUGUGCAGAUGUGCAAUUUUGGCAUGUAAACACAAGGGACAUUGCUAUCCUCUCAAGUAGAGUGUGUUGAAAGCCUUUUUCGUCGUUGCAAGUCGUGACUUUCAGAACAAAGGUUCUGGGUGUAACUUUUCUCCCUACGAUUUUUGGAAUAGUUAACGUACUUCCACUUUGUUCCUACGGAGUAACCUGAAGUUGGAAGUCGUGUUUUGUAUACAGUUGAAACUUGAAACAUAUUCUUUGUAGGCAUAUUAGCCGGCAUUAGAAAGGUCUUUCUGUCAUUAAAUUGAGACUGAUUCUGAUUUUAGGUUUAUUACACCUUUGAGCCUUGAGUGAGCGAGUGAAAUUAGUGAAAUUUAUGCAAUUCAGCAUUCUUCAAC